CUCGAAUGUAAACAAUGGAGAGCUUUCGACUUGUCACUUUCGUCUUAUUUGUCUUCAGCGAAUCCGUUUUUUCCUUCGAUAUUACUGGAGGUUUCUUUGGUAGACAGCCAAAGCAUCCAAAUCUCCGCUACUAUGAAGUCAUUGAUUCAUCAGCCUUCAACCACCAUGUUGUUAAGAGAGGAAUUAAAGAGAGCAAUCAUCGCUUCAAUAAGAUAAAGGAAGUCCAGUUCAGCGCAUUAGGAAGAGAUUUCCGCUUGAUUCUCAAUCCCCGGAAAGGACUUCUUCACUCACAGUUCAAAGCAUAUGCCAUAGAUGGUGCAGGGAAUGAGAAGAUCAUUCAUGUGGACCAUGAGAACUUUUAUGAAGGCCGUGUGUUUGGGGAGAAGAUGUCGGAAGUAUCAGCCCACCUAGAGGACGGAGUCAUGACAGCAACCAUACACACUCCUGAUGACACAUACCAUGUAGAGCCAUCAUGGAGACAUAUACCAGAUGCCAAAGAUGAUUCAAUGAUCGUAUAUCGAGGCUCAGACGUGAAGUAUAGCUGGGAAGACAACCAUCCGACUCUCAAAGGACAUAAAAUGUGCGAUUACGUCAAGGAAGGAAAUGAAACGACAGAGAUGGAUGAUGAAGAAGAAUGGAUAGAAGGUUAUGAGCCUCCAAUCGGGAGUAUUCCUGAGCCUCUGCCCGACGAGCAUGGUCCUAAAAGGAGAGUCAAGAGACAACAGGCAGAACCUUACAACUUCAACGGGGACAAGACACGAUGUCCGCUGUUACUAGUGGCUGAUUACCGCUUCUUCAGGGAAAUGGGCGGCUCUAACUACAAGACCACAGUCAACUACCUGAUCAACCUCAUUGAUCGUGUGGACAAAAUCUACGAAAACACAGUUUGGAAGGAUGGUGUAGACACAGCAGAUUUUUCUGGCAUGGGUUUUGUCAUUAAAAAAAUUUUAGUGCACCAGGAAUGGUCACCUGUUGGUUCCAACCAAGUUCACUAUAAUAUGGAGCGCAGCUCGUGGGAUGUGCGUAACCUCUUGGAGGUGUUUAGCCGAGAAUACUCUCAUAAGGAUUACUGCUUGGCACAUCUCUUCACCGACAUUAAGUUUGAAGGGGGAAUCUUGGGCCUUGCUUAUGUAGGAUCUCCUCGCAGGAACUCAGUUGGUGGAAUCUGCACUCCAGAAUACUUUAAGAAUGGACACACUCUUUACCUGAAUUCUGGCCUGAGUUCAUCCAGGAACCACUAUGGACAGAGAGUGAUCACUCGUGAGGCAGAUCUUGUCACAGCACACGAGUUUGGACACAACUGGGGCUCCGAGCACGACCCAGACCGACCAGAGUGCAGCCCCAGUGCCAGUCAAGGAGGAUCGUAUCUCAUGUACACAUAUUCUGUGUCUGGUUAUGACAUCAACAACAAGAGGUUCUCCCCAUGCAGUCUGAGAGCGAUCCGUGCUGUCUUAGUAGCCAAGUCAUCUCGCUGUUUCACUGAGCCAGAGGAGAGUUACUGUGGCAACCAGCGUGUAGAAGGCCAAGAGCAAUGUGAUGCAGGACUUGUGGGUCAGGAUGAUGUAGACUUGUGUUGUGACAAGCACUGCAAACUGCGUGAUGGGGCAACCUGCAGUGAUCGUAACUCACCCUGCUGCCACGGCUGCCAGUACAUGAGUCAGGGUGUCAAGUGUAGGGAGCAACAACCAGCCACAUGUGAGAAUGAGUCCAGGUGUCUAGGUACUACAGCAGUCUGUCCCAAAGCCAAACCAAUGGAUGAUGGCACUCCAUGCAUUGAGAAGGGCCAGUGCCACCAGGGAUCCUGCCUCCCCUACUGUGAGACACAAGAAAUGCAGAGCUGCAUGUGUGACACCAUUGAUGAUGCUUGUAAAAGGUGCUGUCGCAAGACAUUAAAUGACACCUGUUUCCCUGUCGUGCCCUUGGAUAUUCUCCCUGAUGGAACUCCUUGUAUUCAUGGGUUUUGUAACAAGGGAAAGUGUGAGAAGACAGUGCAGGACGUUGUAGAACGUUUCUGGGACAUCAUAGAGGACAUUAAUAUUAACACUGUACUGAUGUUCUUACGGGACAACAUUGUAGGGACAGUCAUCAUCAUCUCUGUCAUCAUCUGGGUUCCAGCAUCAUGCAUUUUCAGUUAUGUUGAUCGCCGCCGACAAGAGGACUACUGCAAAUAUGUCCGUUGGUAUUACAGCAAUGAGCUUAUUCACCCAACUGACAGUGUUCGCAUUAUAGACAGCAAACGUACACGAAUACAUGAGCCUGGCCGUGUUCAAGAAGCAACUAACCGUGUGCUAGAGUCUGCUGGGCGUCCACAUGACCCAGGAACACGAGCACAUGACACAAGAGAUCCUCCUGAAGGUGCAGAAAGCCGCCAAAAUCUUAACACUCCUCAAUGCCCCCCGGUGUCACAGCACUAUACUAGUGCCAUGUAGUUGUGUGACUGCGGAUUAUAUUCUGAGAAAUGGUGAUAUUUUUUAAUCCAGAAGAAUUCUUUAGGGAAGAAUGUAGGACUAUUUCAUGUGACUGCCAAUUUUACACUUUUAGCUUUAACAGUUCCUGGAGUAGUCCAUACCAAAUCAAUCCUUUUUGAUAAAGAUGUAUAUACAAAAAAGUAUUUGAGAACAAUACUCACAAUCUGAAGAAUCAGCAAGAUCCAAAUAUUUUUAACCUUCUGGAAAUUGAUAGGCAUUCAUUGUAGAUUAGUGGUAAGCACCAACAGCUGACACAUGAUUAUCCAUUGUGUUGGAGUAGCUGACGGUAGUGUAGAUAAGUAGAGAGGCAUUAGGUCACUAUCAGGGAUCUCAUAGUAGCCUUGGAGUUUGGAGUGUGGAGUGAACCAUGUCAUUUGUUCAUGGUUACUGCCAGUAUUUGUAAUGAUCAUGCAAACCAAAGAUUCACACACAUCAUUGAUCUCAGUAUUUACCAAGGAAUUGAUAUUUUUUACACCAUUUUAAAGUUGCACAAACCAAUAUAGACUUAUAGCAGAUAUUGUAAGAAACAUACAUUAAAAAUAACUUAUUAAUAACAAACAUUUUACUUAAGGGACAUAGUAACACACCCAGACUUUUCAAAGAAAACGCAGACUGUAUUAAAAGUCGGUGUUAAAAUUAUAACAUUCCUGUCAUUCUAAGUAUUAAGGCAAUAUAGAUUAUAUUCAGGAAGUUCUGUGGUUGUGACAUUUCUUUGAUUUGUUAGAAAAUCUUGUAGAAAACUUUGUUAGAAAUGAAAUUAUGUGGAAUAGAACUGGAGAGUUGUUUGACUUUUAGGGAUUAUUGUCCUUAAUUUUGUUAUGAAACUUUUUAUAUUUAUUACCCUUUGUGGAUAUCACCUGUUUCUUGGUAAAAUUAUUAAGAUGUUAAGAUAAGCUUUUAUCCAUUAUUAAGAUAGUAUGUAACAUGUAGACGUCCUCUGCAAAGUGGCAGUUACAGUAUUUAUAGGAUUUAAGUUGGCGUAAUUUUAAGGUUUAUUCUUUAGUAGUGAUAUAGCAGAAUAGUAAAUGAGAUUUUCAGUAUGAAAAUAUUUGAUAUUUGACUUACUAAUUGUAUGGAGCAUUUAGCAUUCCUUACCGAUUGGCAGUGAGAGACAUGCUAUCAUGUAAUGGCAAGUAAUGUGGGUGGUACUUGAUUGCAUCACAACUCCGUGUCCCAACCACCAAUAUGAGGUCAUGCAUCCUCCUGUGAGCUAGACAAUCACCCAAGCGCAGAACGGCACACAGGAAUGUAUACCCGUCCUUGCCCGACAUUACCCAUUUUGUAAGCUCGAUGCAUCAAAAGUCUAAUAGAUGCUAUAUGUGUUUUGAGUAGUAGCUCUAUAAUUCAGUUUUUGCCAUUUAGACUGAGGUUUUGUCCCAGAAAUGGUCUAUCAAUGGCAGUCUUACAGUGCACAUCCAUAAUUCAUAACCUUUCAGUAUUCUUUCCUUUUAGAUAAGUAUUCUCAGCUUCUUUACCAAAAUUAUAUGAAUUGUCCAGUCGUACAGCGUGAAAACACCUUUACUUUGCAGUAUUUGCUAUCAUGGUAGGAUUAAUUAAUAUAUAAUUUAUGUGAAAAAGUGUAACAUCUUGCUUGGGUUAAUGUUAUCAGCGUGACAACAAAUCACACAGGGUGAAUGGCAAUACGAUAUGCAAUGCUCCUCAGAACUGUGAUUUGAGAAUGUGUUAAAGUAGGAAGUGACAAUAAUUCCCCAACUACUGAUGUAGUAUUUGAAUUCUGUGUGUGAACUGAUAUCCUAGUGCAUAGCUCUUUUUUUUUUUCUUUCUUUUUUCUUUUCUUUCUUUCUGUCUUUUAAUUUCUUUUUUUUUCUUUUUUUCUAACAAGAUCGCUUAAAAAUACUCAAAAUGUAUGCCAUACUCAGUCUUUUUAUAAUUGAAUGUUGUCUUUUAUGUGAUAUAAACAUUGUUUGAAGCAUUA